GGCACGGAUGUGUCUUAAGCAAAGCCCUUAGCCGUUAACCUAUUCGUUGGGAAUUUCACUUGACGGUUGAAAGGCAACAUGAAGAACGUAAUUACUCGUGAUUCCGAUGCGCUCGCGAUGACGACUCGGAGUCGAUUACAUAUCAACCAACUGCCUGAAGAGCUGCUCCGGGGCGUCUUCUUGCGCCAUGUAUCCCGGUGCCGCGGUGGAUGGUCCAAGUUUCGGUCAAAUAAUAAACGAAAGCCCUACCAUUGGCUUCGUAUCACGUUUGUUUGCCGACACUGGCGGAUAACAGCACUGGAGAUGCCAGUGAUAUGGACGCAUAUUGUUACGACGCAUCCAGUCGAGUGUAUUCAAACAAUGUUGGAACGCUCUCGGCCUCUACCCAUCACCGUAAAUCCUUCCUUGUCCGACCUGUCAGAUCGGGCUACUCGAGAAAUGUCAUUCACGGUGGCAAGGCUGAUAUUGGAAGAAUUAUACAGAAUUCAAGACCUGGAGUUCGAGUUUCGUGAGGCUGAUAUCAUUGAAGUAUUUAAUAACCGACCACCAUCACAACUCAUCCUCAAGAGGCUAAAUCUCUCUUGUGACCUAUCACCUCAUCGGCUUUCUCAGCCUUCUUUCGAGUCCCUGCGCCAUUCUUCACAUUUAACACACCUCACCCUGAACAUCACCAGCUGGGAUCAAGCCAAAUUAUUAUUCUGUCCCACUAUGCAAGUUCUCGAUCUCACCUUGGCCGACUACGUUGCAGCGCCGCGUAUGUUGGAGGCAUUGAAUUUGAUGCCCUUCUUAACUCAGUUCAAGAUUGAUCACGAAGGUGCUAUGCCGAACGUGAUAGAAGCACUAUCGGAGACAAGGUCAAUUGUGUAUCUUCCAAGAUUGGAAUGUUACGACUUUACCGGAAUGAUCGAGGAUUGCAAUUGGUUGCUCAACCAUCUGUCCUUCCCACCUUCGGCACGGAUUUAUGUGGACGUCGCGCCGUAUUCCACCCAAACCGCUACUGCGACGGAAGGACUCACAUCCUCCAUCGCCUCCAAACUCUAUCCUUCUCGAUCAAACUCGCAUACCAAUAAUGAAUUGCCAUUGUUGACAUUUGCUAUCGAGCAAAGCGUUAUAGUGCCUUGUGUCGAAAUACUUGGUUGGAGAAGCGUCCACACGGAAGGCGUCUUUCUCGAUCAAGAGCUACGAACGCGAUCCUCCUUUCACGAACCCACCGUAGGACUUCACAUCGAUACAGAGCGGACAUCUCAUGAAUUCCUACUGGAAAUGAUGCGACGCUACUUCACCUUGAAUGAAGUUCGUUCCCUAUCCAUUCAUCGCUUAUCGUCCCUUGAGAUACGCCCGUUCCUUCCCUUGGCUCUCAACUUCAUCCGCUCCACGCCGUUGGUCCAUACUCUAGCCGUAUACGAAUGGACUUUUGAUGAUUUAUCAGCAUUUCUUCUGCAUGAAGAUCAGAAUGGCGACAGCGAGGAUAAUCUGAUAUCAGAAGCGUCGAGGACGUUGCGCCCAUUUAUUCUUCCCUCCCUGCAUACCCUGGUCGUUGAACAUCCCAAUUACCAUUGGGGGGGCAGCGAAGAGACCGGAGGUGACCUACUAUUACACGAAGCGCUUAAGAAGCGUGAACCUUCCUAUGGAUGCCUCAAGAGGCUUGUUGUAGAAUCCAACGAUGACUCCUGCUAAGAGUCAGCUGAUGACCAGUGAUCGCUUUCUCUGAUCAACACCACAAACGCGCCGAAAAAUAGACGUUGGUGUUGAGAUGGUUAGAGGCGAAAUCACUGGUUGAAUGGGUGCUGCACCGGGGGUCCUAUCCCUUGAUCGACUUCCUGCAGCAUACUGUGCCGUGGUAUUCAAGGGAAUGCUGCAGACGUCAAACCUUAGCAGCUCCAAGAAGAAUGUAGAGUAUCUAUUUAAACACAGGUUUGUAACCUCAAAGUACCGAGCGAGGUUGUUGUAUCGUGGAUCUGCAAUACUGCUUUGCUGUUAUCUUGAAACAGAAGGCAUUGAACGAAUGGCCGAUCGGUGCCGGUGUGUAAACCAAUU